AUGACGACAUCGAUGGCAUCAUCAUCCUCCGCUUUACUGUCCUGUUCUUCCAACGUGGUUUCCUCGAGAAGAAAAAAUUUGACGACGACGACAAGCAGGCACUCGAGAAGAGGAAGACAAAAUGUAUCCGUGCGAGCGGAAAUCAUCGAAACUUCCCCGGGGUUGCAAGAAUUGUGCAAGUGCGAGAUUCCUCCGCACAUUGGACGCGUGGAUUUCGUGAAGCAAAUGUACCGAUGGGCGGACAUGACGUACACCGACGGCGGUUUGGCGACGUUCGGGAAGCGAAUGGAAAUUUCGGCGAUAAAUGAAAACCAAGCGGGAGAAACGAACGGGUAUUUGAUAAGCGUGUUCGACUUUAAAGACGGUGAAGAGCAAGUGGUGGCGGAAUUAAUCUGUCAGAUGGACCAAACGUUGAUCCAAACGUACGAUACGAUUUUACCGCCGUCGAAACCAGGAGAUAUCGAAGGGAUUAAAAAGAUGAACCGCAGCGGUAAGGACGAGUUCAUCGAGGGCGAGUUUUUCGUGAUUUCGAGAAAGCUUCCGACCGAUGAAACUGUCGGAUCUGUUUUGAAGGUGAUGAUUAAGAGGAUGAUGUCCGCUAUUAACGCGUAUUACGCGUUUGGAAGUCCGUUUUCUGAGGAGUUUUAA